UCACUUUCCCACCACCGGAAAGCUGCCGUCAGGUGCUUCCGGCUUCCGGGACGUACGCUGUCGUAAAGCGGAAGUGCGAGGUUCAGCGGGCGCCGGCGCCCGGAAGGUCAGCGUGUGAAGGAGGUGGUGUUUACGCGGGUCUCCCCACUAUUACAGAGAAGAAACGGCCGAGCAGGCGAUCUCGGCCUGAGGCGGCGGGGAGAAGCAGACAGGCGGUUUGCUGCGACACCAUGGAGGGCGGCGGCGGAAGCGGCAACAAAACCACAGGGGGGUUGGCCGGCUUUUUCGGAGUCGGUGGAGCAGGCUACUCGCACGCGGAUUUGGCCGGAGUCCCGCUAACUGGUAUGAACCCUCUGUCUCCUUAUUUAAAUGUGGAUCCACGGUAUCUCGUGCAGGAUACAGAUGAGUUUAUUUUACCAACUGGAGCUAAUAAAACACGGGGCCGAUUUGAACUGGCCUUCUUUACCAUUGGAGGAUGUUGUAUGACAGGGGCUGCAUUUGGGGCAAUGAAUGGUCUACGGCUAGGACUGAAGGAAACCCAGAACAUGGCCUGGUCCAAACCAAGAAAUGUACAGAUCUUGAAUAUGGUAACCAGGCAAGGGGCACUUUGGGCUAAUACUCUAGGUUCUCUGGCUUUGCUCUAUAGUGCAUUUGGUGUCAUCAUUGAAAAAACACGAGGUGCAGAAGAUGACCUCAACACAGUAGCAGCUGGAACCAUGACAGGCAUGUUGUAUAAAUGUACAGGUGGUCUUCGAGGGGUGGCACGAGGCGGCCUGGCAGGACUAACCCUUACGAGCCUCUAUGCGCUAUAUAAUAACUGGGAGCACAUGAGAGGCUCCUUGCUCCAACAGUCUCUCUGAAGAUUACUAGCUGGUGAAUGGAGGACACUUUAGUAGUCAUCCAGAUCAAUUUAUAAGUCAGUCUGGAGUCAUUUACUCUUACCUGCAGCUAGUUUGAAAAAGGAGGUUCCAGUUUGCUGUGAUGAAGAUCAUGGAUGGUUGACCAGGACUGGCACUCCUUCCAGCCAUUAAUGAGUUGAAGCCAAAAACCCUUUGGUGGCUGAGUAAUGUGGUUCUCUUCUCCUUUAAAGAAGAUCUUGCACCUGGUUUUUUCUCCUACCCCCUGAACUGGAAAACCACUUACUCCCAGAAUUCAGGUCAUGCUUGUCAAUGCUGUAUCACCACAUUUGUUCAUUUAAUAAUCCAAGACUGUAAUACUGCCCUGUAUUCCCAAUAAAGGGUAAAAACAGAACCAAAGUC